AUGGCACGUCGUGGUUUAUCGUUGCAACAAAUGCUUGAUUACAUUCAAGAGCUCGAUGAAGCAGAAGACCAAAAUCAACUAACAGAUAUACCAACUGCCAUUUACAUCGAACCUCCUGUAGAUGGAAACAUAUCGGGCGAAGAUGACGCUGAAGACGAAUGUGGGGGCAUCCCAGAUAAUGUUUGCCCGGCUCAGCUAAAAGGCGGCUGUGAAGUUGUAAUGACUAGUGGACGACAUUUACAAAAUUUUGAUGAAGAAGAUGAAAUUGGAGCUCCAAAUAUAAAAGAUUUGCCCGUUAUUGUGGUAGAAGACACAUAUCAAGGAAUGGAGGAGCAACCGACAACAUCCAAUCGUGCAACAUCACCAGACAGAAGGCGGUUACGUAAAGUGCGGCCAAAACCUUCAAAUGUUGCAUUGCCACCAGGGAAUAAGGAAGCAACAUUUGAAUGGGUAAAGAAUGAUUCGCCAUCUCUUAUUCCCAUUUUUCCAGUUGCAAAUUACGAAGAUUGUCGUAAUUUACUACCACACCAACAAUUUGAAAAAUUUUUUGAUGACACAUUAUUGGGACACAUUUGCGAACAAAGUGCAGUAUAUGCGAUCGAACAGAAUGGACCAAACCCUAAUAUAACAGUCAGUGAGCUUCGAGCGUUUAUCGGCAUAUUGAUCAUUACUGGCUACAAUUAUCACGCCAGUUACAGAAAUUUGUGGAGUCAGGAUGAAGACAUUCGCAACAACCUUUCUAGUUCACCACUCGGGUUCAGCGAACUCUUUAACGAAUUUCGAUUACAUGAAAACCUUAAUUCAUUGGACGAGAUUCUUAAUGCCAUAAUUGACGCCGAUGGAAUGUCAUUUAACGACCUUAAACCAAUUUACAAGGAAUUUCUUCUCAAGUUAGCGGUCACUCUUACUAAAGACGAGCUCUUCCACAGAUCAAAGAAUAUUAUGCGUCGACAAAGGAAAAAAAAGUUGAGGCGACAAAAUAGUUCUUCGAUUCCGCAGAAAAAGUCGAAAACUGCAGUUUUCGGUACAAAAAACCUUAAAAAGGUUUUUCAUUUGGGACAGUUUACAUCUUGCCGUGGGAAGCCAAUUAAACUUCACAUAGAUAAAAAAGUCGGAUACAAAAAUCGUUACAUUAGUGAGACCACCACAAAUCAGCCAUCCGUUACCCAGCACCCAAACGAACAGCAGCAGACACGGGUAGCAACUAGUGGAUCGGACGUGUCGGUGGUACGCAACGACAACACCCUCCGUGGCUUAAAUAGAAACAGCAGCAGCGGCUACGUCUCUUGUUCCGAGUGCAGCUAUGACUCAGAAUCAUGUACGUGUACUUCAGCUGACAGAUGUUACUGCAGUCUUAGAACAGAUCACAUCAACAACAGGCUCUGUCGGAAAAAAGAUUCCAACGCGACUCUUUCAAAGCAUUUAACUAACGUCGAUAGGCAUAAUACAUCUUGCCAUUCCGGUAUAGACAAUAACCGAUAUUCGUUAAUCUCGUGUAAUUCAAAUGAAAAAUGCUAUUGUUCUAUGGUGGAACAAGGGGGACCGAGUGAUUUGCCUGGUGCUGACGCAGCCAUCUCACAGUCCGACAGCUCUUGGUGCGACACGGAUAGUUGCGUUAGCACCAGCAAAUGCUAUUGCCCGCGGGAGAAUCGAACAACAAGAUCUGGGUCUGGAGAAAUAAAUCCUUCUAAAGCACACCAAGAUAGCACUUCUGGCCGAACAGCUGCAGAAAAACUAGCUCUGGACUAUGAACUCUUUACGAUCAAUGGCAAUGGCAAAUCUGUUCAGCCACACGAAGCUUUAAGUGUUAAAAAGAGCGUAGAGGCAGCUGCUAUUUUUGCUGAUGUAAAACUUAGCCAAACUACUGAUAUUAAGAGCAUGUGUCCACAACCGUUUUUGAAUCCUAAACCAAGCGAGGAUACAAAAAUAUAUUCCCAUGCGAAAAAAAAACGCGAUUCCUUAAGCAUUGAUCGUCGUCACAACGAUCACAGUGCUUGGAACUUAUCAUCAAGCUCAUCGCAAAAAUGCCGUAGUGCUGACGAUAUAUUGGGAAAAUUGAGAACAAAGAAAGGAAAUGCAAAUCCAGAAUCAUUAAAAAGUACUCUUUCUAAAGGAAAGGCUAAGCAGAUUGAACUGGAGAUGGACGAAAGUGUUCACAAUAAUUAUCCAGCUUUGAAUGCCUCUUUGGAAGAUACAUUAGGGUACUUGCCAUAAAUUAAAGCUAUGCCAAGUAUACUACGUAGAAAUAUGUAUACAUACAUAUGUAUAGUAUAUACUAUUCCAUAUGCACAUAUAUUUUUCGAUUACGUACAUACAUAGCAUGAGCAUGUUAACAGCUUUUUUAGGUGUAAUGACACUACGUAUUCAAAAAAAUAAAACACUGU